AUGAUAAUUAGCAUUCAUUUUUUUCUUUUUUUCGCUCAUCCUUUCAAUUUCCUUCUCAUAUUCUUUAUUUUUUUCUUUCUUUUUGUUUCUUUCUUUCUUUCCUUUGAUCGAAAAUUUCUUUCUUACUUAACCUUGAAUUUCAAAAUUAUAUUUCUUUCUUUCUUUUUUCUUUCUUUCUUUCUGUUGAAUUUGAAAAUUUCUUUCUUUGUUUGCCUAGGCUUUCAAAAAUAUAUUCUUUCUUUCUUUCUUUCUUUCUUUCUUUCCGUUGACUUUGAAAAUUUCUUUCUUUGUUUGCCUAGGCUUUCAAAAAUAUAUUUUUCUUUCUUUCUUUCUUUCUUUCUUUCUUUCUUUCCGCUUUCAAAAAUAUAUUUUUCUUUCUUUCUUUCUUUCUUUCUUUCUUUCUUUCUUUCUUUCUUUCUUUCUUUCUUUCUUUCUUUCCGCUUUCAAAAAUAUAUUUUUCUUUUUUUUUUUCUUUCUUUCUUUCUUUCUUUCUUUCUUUCUUUCUUUCUUUCUUUCUUUCUUUCUUUCUUUCUUUCCGUUGACUUUGAAAAUUUCUUUCUUUGUUUGCCUAGGCUUUCAAAAAUAUAUUUUUCUUUCUUUCUUUCUUUCUUUCUUUCUUUCUUUCUUUCUUUCUUUCUUUCUUUUCUUUCUUUUCUUUCUUUCUUUCCGUUGACUUUGAAAAUUUCUUUCUUUUUUCCUAGACUUUCAAAAGUAUUUUUCUUUCUUUCUUUCUUUCUUUCUUUCUUUCUUUCUUUCUUUCUUUUCAUAACCUAUUCUCUAUUGUGUUCACAUUUCUCUAUCUCAUUGUGUUCAUUCUAUCUAUCUAUCUAUCUAUCUAUCUAUCUGAUAUAA